GACUUCCGGCCUUUCGGGAUUCGGCUCGGAGGAGGCCAAGGUGCAACUUUCUUCGGUCGUCCCGAAUCCGGGUUCAUCCGACACCAGGCGCCUCCACCAUGCCACCCAAGUUCGAUCCCAACGAGAUCAAAGUCGUAUACCUGCGGUGCACCGGCGGCGAGGUCGGCGCCACGUCUGCCCUGGCCCCCAAGAUCGGCCCCCUGGGCCUGUCUCCCAAAAAGGUUGGCGAUGACAUUGCCAAGGCAACCGGCGACUGGAAGGGGCUGCGGAUUACGGUGAAACUGACCAUACAGAACCGACAGGCCCAGAUCGAGGUGGUGCCUUCGGCCUCGGCCCUCAUCAUCAAAGCCCUCAAGGAACCCCCCCGAGACAGGAAGAAGCAGAAGAACAUCAAACACAGUGGCAACAUCACCUUCGACGAGAUCGUCAACAUUGCCCGGCAGAUGCGCCACCGGUCCCUAGCCAGAGAACUCUCCGGAACCAUCAAGGAGAUCCUGGGCACCGCCCAGUCUGUGGGCUGCAACGUGGACGGCCGCCACCCUCACGACAUCAUCGACGACAUCAACAGUGGUGCCGUGGAGUGCCCGGCUAGUUAAGAAGCAGAGAGGAACUGUUGGAAUAAAGGAUCAUCUGACAAGUG